AUGGCUACCACCACCACUCGCGGAUCUAGGGACAGCCCCUUCCCCCCUCCCUCGGAGGCCGAGGUCAAGAAGGAGCUUGGCAUGAAGGGCGACACCAUCUCGGCAGGUUCGACUGAGCUGUCGUAUCUCAAGAGCCUUGUUUCGCAGCUCAACGACAAGAUCGCCCAGCUCGAGAACAAGGCCUCGUCGGCGCUUUCGUCCGUGACGGGCGGCAAGCCGGAAGGUGUUCGCAUGAUCCUCAUCGGUCCCCCCGGUGCAGGCAAGGGUACUCAGGCACCCAAGAUCCUCGAGAAGUUCAACAACUGCGUCUGCCACCUCGCUACCGGCGACAUGCUUCGCGAGCAGGUGUCCAAGCAGACCGAGCUCGGCAAGAUGGCCAAGAAGAUCAUGGACCAGGGCGGCCUUGUUUCGGACGAGAUCAUGGUGAGCAUGAUCAAGGACCAGCUCGAGACCAACCCUUCGUGCAAGGGUGGCUUCAUCCUCGACGGAUUCCCGCGCACCACGCCCCAGGCCGAGAAGCUCGACGGCAUGCUGCGCGAAAAGAACCAGAAGCUCGACCACGCCGUCGAGCUCAAGAUCAACGACAACCUGCUCAUCUCGCGCAUCACCGGCCGUCUCGUCCACCCCGCAUCCGGCAGGAGCUACCACAAGGAGUUUAGCCCUCCCAAGAAGCCCAUGACCGACGACGUCACCGGCGAGCCCCUCAUCCAGCGCUCCGACGACAACGCAGAGACCCUCAAGAAGCGUCUCGCAACCUACCAUGCCCAGACCGCCGCCGUCACCGACUACUACAGGAAACAGGGCAUCUGGGCCCCCGUCGACGCCAGCCAGAGCCCCAAGGUCGUCUGGCAAUCCAUCAGCGCCAUCUUCGAGGCCAAGAAGCAGCAACCCUCCAAGUAG